AUGGAAGAUUUUGAGGUCUUACACGAAACACCUUCGCCAGAGGACUACUUCCGCCUCCGCAAAAUUUCCGGACUUACGCCAAAGUCCCGAGAAGCGAUAGCUCGAGGCCUUCCCAAUACCUUAUUCGGGGUUAUAGUCCGUCACAAAGCCGAUAGUAAAGUGGUGGGGAUGGGGAGGCUUGUUGGGGAUGGAGGACUCUUUGUUCAAGUGGUAGAUAUCGCGGUUGAACCAACAUGCCAAGGUCGCGGUAUCGGGAAAACUAUCAUGCAAACAAUCAUGGAUUGGGUUAAAAAAGAACUCUUUCCGAGUGCGUAUGUUAGCUUAAUCGCAGAUGGGGAAGCAUACCGGCUAUACGAGCAAUAUGGGUUUGAACUGACGGCACCAAGGUCAGUUGGAAUGGCUAUAUGUAUUCAGUAA